UCACUCCUCGCGACCGCGCCUUCGUGUCCCUCUCGCUCUCCCUUUCCCUUUCGCGGGUUCGUUUAGGCUAGAUGCGAUGAUGAUUCGAAGAGGCGCGAAGCUUAUUUUGACCUUAAUCCGAGGCUAAACACUGGCACGGUGGCUCAGCGGCGUCUCGGAUGGGGACGAAGAAAGUGAAGUCUGUCAAUAGUCGUAAUCACGCGGGGAAUGGAUGAUAUGGUCGUAAAAAAUCACAAAUCAUCAGCCAGAAGCCAUACUGUUGUGCCUUCUUUUGAACCCAUUGAGGGCCAGGAGUGAUUGGUUUCCGUUCAGUGCACCGUCACCAUGGGCAGCGCCUGCUCGAGGAAGAGGGGCCAGCUGGUCCACGAGGAUGAUCUCUACAGCGCCAGGUUCUCCAAGAGCGGCAGCUUCAAGUGGCUCCUGCACACGCUGCCUCGCAGCAACUCUGCUGAUGUGCACAGGAGAGCGCGGGGGCCAGCGCUGGGCCGGUGCCCGUCGCUUGUGGAGCUGUGCGUGGCCAAAGUCCGCGAGGACAUGAAUAGCUACUCUGAUUUCUCCCUGCUGCCCAGGGAUCUUAGUCAGCAGAUAUUCAAUGAGCUGGUGGAGUGUGGAGGCCUCACGGAGGCAUCCCUUGGGGCUUUCCGUGAUUGUGAUUUGCAGGAUAUUUGUCUGGGAGAGUACCCUGGAGUGACUGAUGUUUGGAUGGAAGUAGUGGCUUCUCAAGGGCAGUCCUUGCUAUCUGUUGACAUCUCUUGCUCAGAUGUGACUGAUAGUGGAUUGAGUCUUCUUAAAGAUUGCUCGAGCAUGCAAAGUUUGGCAUGUGAUUACUGUGAUCAAAUCUCAGAACAUGGACUUAAAACAUUAUCAGGCUUUUUAAACUUGACAUCACUGAGCAUUAAGAAAUGUGCUGCUGUUACUGCUGAAGGAGCAAAAGCCUUUGCAAACUUAGUUAAUUUGGUAAACUUAGACCUCGAGCGAUGCCCAAAGAUUCAUGGUGGGCUUGUGCAUUUGAAAGGCUUGAGAAAACUGGAAAAACUGAACCUGAGAUACUGUAAUUGCAUCACAGAUUCAGAUAUGAAAUAUUUAUCAGAUCUCACAAAUUUGAGAGAACUACAACUAUCAUCCUGCAAAAUCUCUGAUUUUGGUGUAUCUUAUCUGAGAGGUCUACACAAGCUAGCUCAUCUAAACCUGGAGGGCUGUGCAGUCACUGCAGCUUGUUUGGAGGUUGUAUCAGGAUUGGCUUCGCUGGUUUUGCUGAAUUUAAGUAGGUGUGGCAUAUGCGACGAAGGCUGUGAGAACUUGGAAGGUCUUGUCAAAUUGAAGGCUCUAAAUUUAGGGUUCAACCACAUUACAGAUGCCUGUUUAAUUCAUUUAAAAGAUUUGAUCAACUUGGAGUGCUUGAAUUUGGACUCAUGCAAGAUUGGUGAUGAGGGUCUAUUUCACCUGAAAGGCCUCAUGCAGCUAAAAAGCCUGGAGCUUUCAGACACUGAAGUUGGUAGCAAUGGACUUCGUCAUCUCUCUGGUCUACGUAAUUUGCAGAGCAUCAAUCUCUCUUUUACAUUGGUUACUGACAUUGGUUUGAAGAAGAUUUCUGGCUUGAGUUCACUGAAGUCCCUUAAUCUUGACAAUCGCCAAAUCACAGAUACUGGUUUAGCGGCUCUUACAAGUCUCACUGGACUGACACACCUUGACCUAUUUGGAGCUCGCAUAACUGACGCAGGCACAAACUGCUUCAGAUUUUUCAAGAAUCUUCAGUCCCUGGAGGUCUGUGGUGGGAUGAUCACGGAUGCGGGCGUGAAGAACAUCAAGGACCUGAAAGCUCUGACGCUGCUCAACCUAUCUCAGAAUGGCAACCUCACGGACAAAACCCUGGAGCUGAUCUCUGUUUCACCUGGCCACAGGCCUGACCGCACUGGUGUCGCUGAACGUGUCCAACUCCCGGGUGUCCAACUCGGGCCUCCACCACCUGACGCCGUUGCAGAACCUGCGCUCCCUGUCCCUUGAGUCCUGCCGGGUGACGGCGGCCGAGAUCAAGAAGCUCCGGCUGGCAGCCCUCCCCAACCUGAUCACCGUGCGGCCGGAGUGAUACGGCCAGGCCCGGCCCGGCACUCCAGCAGAAGCAGCGACCUGUAACUGUAAGCAAAUGUUGGCCUGGCUAGAGCAGGCCUCCCUGUACAUAUUUUUGCAAGAACAAGCUUGAGCAGUCUGUACAUAUUGGUCUUUGUGUCGUGUCGGCGUGCCUGAGGGUCGCCGGACUUAGACUACUGCGCCCGUGUACCCCCGUGUGGGCGUGUGGCCGUGUACCCCAGGAAUGCUGUGAUGGGAAGGAACAAUUGUAAAUAUGCUGCGCUUCCUCUCCAUGUGGGGUGCUGCUGUGUGCUGUGUAAAUAGAUUGGUGCACUGCUAGAUGCUACCUUUGCUUGGUCGUAAAAUCGUGGUAUCAUGGGCUUUGUUACA